CUUAAAGUUCAGUUCAACUCUGUCAGGAGAAAAACAAUGUCCAAGCGCUUUCGAAAAAACAUGCCAGGGCAAUCAGGAAAAUUUCUGGAAUGCUUAAGAGAAUGCAUGCGCACACAAUGCCCUAAUUCUCUCUUACUUUGGGUUUAGGAAAGAUGAGCCCAGGUUUAUUGAGAGCCAAAAAAGGGGGCAGAUGGCUCACAAGAGGGAUAAACCUGGGAAGUCAUGCUGUAAAUGUGUUUUACAGAAAACAAUGAAAGGAGCGGACAAAGCGAUUGUGGCAAAGUGCUUUGGAAAAUGGAAAAGCAGCUCUCUAAGGUCCAGGACCAUGGAGAAGCCGGAUGAGCCGUCCGAGGAGAGGCAGGAGAGGAGCCUGCCCGGCGACACCUGUGAAGCCCCUAAAGUCAGCAAGAAAGCACUCGAUGAUGACUUACAGCAUCACUUCCUGAGAGAGAACCAGCGUGACAGCAUCAGCCGGGGCGAGCUCUUGGAUUCUGGCAUCUUGUCCUUUGGAGCGCUCAGGAAACCACAAUCGUCUGAGAUGGAUUCUGAAGGUGAGGAGCAAACCUUGAAAAGGUGUCACAGCAGCUCAGGGUUGGCCGACUGCAUCACGGAGACGCACAGCCCAUAUGCGUCCAUGGCGAGGAAGAGGAGCGCCCAGGAAGGGGUGCAGGGUGCCCCUGUCAAUAAGAGGAAGUCCCUGCUGAUGAAGCCCCGCCACUACAGUCCCAGCGAGGCAUGUGAAGAGGAGAGCGAGGACCUGGCACCGCCACAGGACAAAGAAGAGCCGAGGAACAUUGACACUCCAGCAGACUUUCAAGGAAUCAACGGCGCUGCGGCGAGGUCCUGCAGCCCGCUCGGCUGGUCUGAAGUCACCUCUAAUGGUUCUCCGCGAUGCGAGGUGGACUCAUCCGAAGGUGCAUUAGCGGAGGAUGACGAUGAUCUCAAUAACGAGGAAGAGGACCAAAAUCAGGACAGGAUGAGUGGCGCAUCAUCCCCGCGGAGCCCCUACGGAAACAUGGCGAAGUGGGAGCCCCUCUCCCUGUCUGCCAAAGAAAACAGCCCCUGCGAAGACCUCCACCGAGAGCUGCCCGGAUCCAUCGGCCGAGUCAGCAACUUCCCCGCCGAAGCUUUAAGAUACAGGCUGCUUUCCGCAGAGGAGGACAGCGAGGGGGAGGCGGAGAGGCCUCCCCGGCUAGACAGCUGGGCUCUGGGCCUCCGCGAGAGAGGCCUCGAUAUGAGUCGCGGGAGUGUGAACCUGAGCCUUCUGGAGCAGGCCAUCGCUCUGCAGACGGAGCAGAGACAGGUCCUGCACCACGCCUACAGAGAGAUGGACCGCUUCCUCAUGGAGCAGAUGACCAGCGAGAGGAGGACGCACAGGAUGAUGGACAUGGACUGCAGACUCAACUACAACGGAGGAAAAGUUCUGGCCAUGCACGAAAACGUCCUCAAGUGCCCCACGCCGGGGUGCACAGGAAGGGGUCACGUCAACAGCAACCGUAGCACCCACAGGAGUCUCUCAGGCUGCCCCAUCGCUGCUGCAGUGAAAGUCUCCAGACCUCAGGAGGAGAGCCUGAAGUGCAGACAAACCCCCGACCGCUCGCCCAGGGCCAUCGGUUUGAUAAAGAAGUUUGAAAUGAACCAGCUCAACUACAGACUCUCUCAUCCAGUAGCCACCUUGCAAACGAGCCUCACAAAAGAUCUGGACAAGUACAGCAGGAUCCGUUUUGAUUACGCCAGCUUUGACGCGCAGGUCUUUGGCAAACAGCCCCUGCUCGGGACCCACCCAGAACAGGAAAUGCCCCUUUACCCCGACUCACCUCAACAGUAUCCCGGCUUUCUUGGUGCUCCAGGUGGCCGCCUGCCCGCAUCUGGUCAGCACAGCCCGCUGAGUCCAUUCAAGAAGGAGGACGAUCCGCAGGCCACCGCCGCCACCGCCGCCAUCCUCAACCUCUCCACUCGCUACCGGAAGAAUGCGGAGGCUGUCGCUGGCCGGCCUCUGGCGACCACAACAAAGGACAUGCCCAUCGAGGUGGACGAAAACGGCACUUUGGAUCUGAGUAUGAAGAAGUGCAAAGAGAACGGAAAGGCCCAGAGCAAGACGCCCCCAGAAGCCCCCCUGUCUCCUCCUGAGUCGGCCGUGGCCAAAGGCGGCAGCGUCCUCAUCGGCCCCGCCUUCUACCAGCCGCUGUGUGACAGGGACAGCUGGGAGAGCUCCAUGCCCGUCCAUUUCAGCAAAGCUCACAUUUUACAGGACAAAGAGGACGACUACGAGCAGAUCUCCUUGGAGGACCAGCACUAUCCAGGAGACGGCAGCAUGCUAAGCCCCAAAGCCAAGCUCCUAUUACGAGAUUCAAAGAAAGAGCUUUUGAGCUGUCCGACCCCGGGGUGUGACGGCAGCGGCCACGUGACGGGGAAUUAUGCAUCGCAUCGGAGUGUGUCUGGAUGUCCCCUGGCUGACAAAACACUCAAAUCACUGAUGGCAGCCAACUCUCAGGAACUAAAGUGCCCAACACCUGGUUGUGAUGGAUCUGGACAUGUGACUGGGAACUAUGCUUCACACAGAAGCUUGUCGGGGUGUCCACGCGCCAGGAAAGGAGGUUUGAAGCUCACACCAAACAAGGAUGACAAAGACGAGCAGGAGCUUAAAUGUCCAGUAAUUGGAUGUGACGGACAGGGCCACAUUUCGGGAAAAUACACAUCCCACCGCAGCGCGGGCAGUUGUCCGCUGGCUGCCAAAAGGCAGAAGGAGUCGUCCAUCAACGGCCUGCCCUUUGCCUGGAAGACCAAUAAACAGGAGCUGCCCCACUGUCCCCUGCCUGGCUGCAACGGCCUCGGACACGCCAAUAAUGUGUUUGCCACUCACAGAAGCUUGUCCGGCUGCCCGCUGAACGCACAGAGCAUCAAGAAAAAGCACACAGAGGAGGAGAUGACUAUCAAGCUGAAGGCCAGCAGCGGCGUGGAAAACAAAGACGACAUCUCCCACCUGGAUCACGAAAUCAAAGAGCUGAACAACUCCAACAUGAAGAUAGAGGCCGACAUGAUGCAGCUGCAAACCCAGAUCUCCUCGAUGGAAUGUAACCUGAAGACAAUCGAGGAGGAGAACAAGAUGAUGGAGCAGCACAACGACAGCCUCCUGAAGGAGCUGGCCCGCCUCAGCCAGGCUCUGAUCAGCAGCCUGACAGACAUCCAGCUGCCUCAAAUGGGACCCAUCAGCGAGCAUAAUUUUGAAGCCUAUGUGAACACAUUAACUGAUAUGUACAACAACUCGGAGCAUGAAUACUCUCCGGAGUGCAAGGUCCUCCUGGAUAAUAUCAAACAGGCUAUUAAGGGCAUCCAUGUUUAAGCUGCAGAGUUACCCCGGGCUUUCUUCGACUCGCUGUAAUGGCUGUUUGUGUGAGGCGAGGCUUUUUGGACGUGGCGUUUCCCGGCACAAACACUGCACUAAAGGGGAAAAAUAACAAAAAAACAAAACUACCAGCUGGAAUUUGUAACGCUUUUCCUGUUUCUGCAUCUUCUAGAAUAUGUUUCCCCCCCGGUGAGAUUUUUAACCCCCUCUUGCACUUGAUUACUUUGUAUUGUUUGCUUGAUUUGAAUCUGUAUGUGUCAUUCCUAUAAUAUUGCUAUUUAUUACUAUAUUUGUUCUAUUUAUUUCCUGCUUUUAUUUUGUAAAUGCUUAAUAUUUGAGGACUUUUCUGCAGACAGAGAAGCACAUUCCAGUUUCACGGCAGACUAGAGUUGAGUCACCUUUUAUUUAUUAUCAUUUGAUCAUAAGUUGGAGCAAAAACGUACCAAAACGACACCAUAUUCUGAAGCAUUGCUUUCGCCUUCUUCAUUGGAAACUGAAUGUAUGAUAAGUGAGAUAAAAAUCAGAGGCAAUGCAACUGUACUGUAACUUUUUUCUACUCAUCCAAUGAAAGCUGGAUGCAUCCAGGAGGUGACGCUGCGCUUGAACGCAACCCCGUCCCCACUCUGCAUCGCAAAGAAGAGCACGACAAAAGGAAAAAAAAAAAUCACUAAUUCACUUUGUCAAGAUGUCUUUCUUUUUUUUAAAAAGUGUAUAGAUAAUAAACUGCCUUCUGUGCACACGCGCUGUGCAUAUAGUAUGUGCCUAAAUGUAUAUGAUUCCAUAAAAAUAUACAACAAGUACUAUGUUUUGUGGUAGGACAGUAUUAUGUGAAUGGUGUCUAAUUUAUUCUACGGUUCUUUUGAUAGGAGGAUGAAUUCCUGACGACUGUUGGAAACUGUUGUUUUAGUAGCUGUAACCUCAGAGAUUCACUUCUAUUUUCAUUUCUGAGAAAAAAUAUUUGUUUUUAUUUCAAAAUUUCCCGAAAAUAAGCCUUAAUAUUUAACACAGUUUUUCAUUUGUUUGGAGCACAGCACCCAGUUUAGUUUCAACUGUUGAAAACAAUAAAAAAUAAUAUAUAGAAGUUGAUUGGUUUUAAAUUAAACAUUUUUAUUUAGCAUAAAAAAAGGGAAACGCUCAUUUCACUGUACAAUAUUUUAAGUUUUACUUUCACACAACGGGAAUCCACCUACUAAAAAUAAACAUCUGAGCAAUACAUUUUUCAUUCCAGCAAAUAAACAAAACAAAAAAUGUAGCCUAGGAAACUUUAAAUACAGUAAGUAAUAUCAGUUCCACCAAAAUACUCUGUUUUUACGAAUCAAAAACUCGAAUCCGACUCUUAAAACCUAACAAUCCUUUAGCAUUUAAUUCCUAAAACCACACAUUGUUUGCUCAGGAAGUUUUGUGAAUGAUAUUUAUAUAUUUUUUUUCUUUUCCCUGUUAGUAUUUGAUGUUUUGUAAUGUGAAAUGCUUUUUUUGUGGAACAAUAUUAGAAUACUAUGAAAAUUGUACUGUAUUUUCUUUUGAAUUCAAAUGUAAUGCUUUUUUUCAGUUAAGGUAGUUUGUAAAUUGAAACUUCCAAUUACUUUUACUAUUUCAUAAUAAAAUGAUAUGCGCUGUGUUGUACAGUUUGUGUAUGGUAGUAAUAAACUUUUUAAAUGGU